AUGGUCUCCUGUAGCGUCAAUGCUGAAACGCGUGCAUUAGGACAGGUAUCUACUUGUUUGGAGCACUACAUUAAUGUGUUGUUUCCUGAACAUGAAUCCACUUGGACAAGGUUUGAAGGGAAAUUAGACGAUGACGAAGUUGAUAUCGAUAUCGAGGAGGAUCCUGAAGAGAAGGAAUGUCCCCAGGAAAAGAAGGAAGAUGAAUUAGAGCGUAAAGAAAAGAAAUUCCAAGCAAUUGAUGCUGCUUGCGGUGGACUUGUGUUUUAUAGAUUUAGAAUUAACGUCAAACCCACCGAAUUUGUUCUCAAGCUGAUGGAUCAUAUCAAGGCAUUACCUGACACAGAACGUGAGCAAGAAUUGGGCAAACUUAGACAUUGCGCUAGAUGGAUGCCUUUAGACUAUAUUUGUGCAGCAACCACAGAACGUAUCAAGGCUUGCUUCGAGAGAGUUAAAGCUGAUUAUUUCGAAAAUGAUCAAGAGACAACAGAAGAUACCGUCGCUAUUCUUUAUGAGUCUCGUAACAACAUAAUGAUUAAAAAGGCGGAUGUGAUCCAAACUAUUGCACCACUUAUACCACCAAAAUACAAGGUCAACCUUACUAAACCAACCUAUGUGAUUUUGGUGACAGUCUUUAAAAGCGCAUGUGGAAUCACUGUAUUAAAAGACUAUUAUGAAAGGAAGAAGUAUAACCUUGUCUCAUACUGCCAAUAA